AUGGCCGCCGCCGCCGCGACCAACUCGAGUGUCAAGCUCGCCGCGAUCGGUUCAUCCAUCUUGUCGUCCACGGGCGGCGCGGGCGUCGUGUUCAAGUGGCUCGGGUGGGGAGCUCUUUGUCUCGCCGCCGCGGCGUUGGGGCUCAUAGCCUUGGCGCUCGUUGCCGAGGAGGCCGACCGCCGCCGCCGCCAGGCCGCGCUCGCGAGGCGGAAGCGGGAGCAGCGCCUCCGCCGGCGGCAGCGGCGCCGGAUGAUGAGUAGCCUACGUGACGCCCCGUACGAGCAGGUGGUGGCCGCCGGGCUAGUGCGGAACCUGUGCGUGAUCUGCCGGGCGGAGUACGAGGGCGGCGAGACGUGCAGCUUUCUGCCGCGGUGCACCCACACGUUCCACAAGCACUGCAUCGCCGCUUGGCUGCGACACCACACCACCUGCCCCAUCUGCAGUGCCGCAGUGGCACGACCAGAUAUAUAUGACGACACACACGGUUCUGUAGGUGUAGCCCGGCCCGGCCGAGUUUAA